AACUGCCCUGGGUCUCCUUCCCUCGCUCUCUGCCUCCUCAGCAGCACCGGGAGCCCCAAACUGAGCCCGGAGCAGCUUUUUCCAUCAUUUCGGGCUCCCUCCCCUCCCUCUGCCUCCCACCGGCGCGAAGCGAGCCCCUGCCCUCGCUCGCUUCCCCCUUGCGUGCGCAGCCCCUUGUUUCUUCCAAAGCACGAGAAACCCCCCGUCUUGCCCCCGUUCCUCCCCGCAGGCUGCGAUCGCGAUGGGCGCUCUGCGGAUCGCUGGAUUUUCCGUGCUGCUCCUUCUCCUCCGCUCUGGAAGCGCGCUGGCGAAUAAAGCCGGUCAAGACGUCGACGAGUGCGUCGAGGGCACCGACAGCUGCCACAUCGACGCCAUCUGCCAGAACACCCCCCGGUCCUACAAGUGCAUCUGCAAGUCGGGCUACGCCGGCGACGGCAAGCACUGCAAAGACGUGGACGAGUGCGAGCGGGAGGACAACGCCGGCUGCGUGCACGAGUGCGUCAACAUCCCCGGCAACUACCGCUGUACCUGCUACGACGGCUUCCGCCUGGCCCACGACGGCCACAACUGCCUGGACCUGGACGAGUGCGCCGAGGGCAACGGCGGCUGCCAGCAGACCUGCGUCAACAUGAUGGGCAGCUACGAGUGCUUCUGCCGCGAGGGCUUCUUCCUCAGCGACAACCAGCACACCUGCAUCCAGCGCCCCGAAGAGGGGAUGAACUGCAUGAACAAGAACCACGGCUGCGCCCACAUCUGCCGGGAGACCCCCAAGGGGGGCAUCGCCUGCGAGUGCCGCCCGGGCUUCGAGCUCACCAAGAACCAGCGCGACUGCAAACUGACCUGCAACUACGGGAACGGCGGCUGCCAGCACACCUGCGACGACACGGAGCAGGGCCCCAAGUGCGGCUGCCACGUGAAGUUCCUGCUGCACUCGGACGGCGUCACCUGCAUAGAGACCUGCGCCGUGAACAACGGCGGCUGCGACAGCAAGUGCCACGACGCGGCCACGGGCGUCCACUGCAGCUGCCCCAUGGGCUUCAUGCUCCAGCCCGACCGCAAGACCUGCAAAGACAUCGACGAGUGCCGGCUCAGCAACGGCGGCUGCGACCACAUCUGCAGGAACACCGUGGGCAGCUUCGAGUGCAGCUGCAAGAAGGGCUAUAAACUGCUCAUCAACGAGAGGAGCUGCCAAGACAUCGACGAGUGCUCCUUCGACCGGACCUGCGACCACCUCUGCAUCAACACCCCCGGCAGCUUCCAGUGCCUCUGCAACAAGGGCUACACGCUCUACGGGCUCACGCACUGCGGAGACGUCGACGAGUGCAGCAUCAACCGCGGCGGCUGCAGGUUCGGCUGCGUCAACACCCCCGGCAGCUACCAGUGCACCUGCCCCGCCGGCUGCAAGCUGCACUGGAACAAGAAGGAUUGCACAGAGCUGGCCCACCGCCCGCCAGGUUCGGUGCCGCCGCGGGCCACCCUCACCUGCAACAAGGCGGGCAAGAAGGAGAGCUGCGCCCUCACCUGCGCCUCCACGGCCCGCUUCCUGCCAGAGUCGGAGAGCAGCUACACGGUGAGCUGUGGGACGCCGGUCCCCCGCCCCGCCGGCGGCCAGCCGAGAGCCGGCAACGGCAGCCAGCACUGCGCCGACACCGCCGCCCCCGUCAAGCAGAAGGCCUCCUUCAAGAUCAAGGACGCCAAGUGCCACCUGCACCCACGCGCCAAGGGGAAGCCCGAGGAGGCCGGCAAGGCGGCGGCGGCAGGUGAGGGCCGGCGGGGCCGGGCGCCGCGGGGCCGUGGCCCGGUGCUCAGCGCCAUCUUGCCGCCUCCAGGCGCCGCGGCCGCCCCCUGCUCCGACUGCCAGGUCGCCUUCGUCAACCUCAAGUGCGACUCCUCCAAGAAGGGCAAGGGCCGCCGGGCCCGCAACUCCGCCGGCAAGGAGGUGACGCGCAUCACGCUGGAGUUCGAGGCGGAGGUGGCGCCGGAGGAGAUCACGGCCAGCUGCAACCUCAACUGCCUGCGGCAGAAGGUGGAGAAGAAGCUCAAGGCGGCCCUCAAGGCCCUGAAGAAGUCGAUAAACCAGGAGCGCUUCCUGCUGCGCUUCGCCGGCAUGGAGUACGAGGUGGCGAGGAAGCUGGGCGCGGCGCCCGAGCGGCAGGAGAGCUGCGGGCCGGGCCAGCAGCGCCUGGCCGCCAAGUGUGUUAGCUGCUCGCAGGGAACGUAUUACCACGGCCAGACGGAGCAGUGCGUGCCCUGCCCGCCCGGCACCUACCAGGAGAAGGAAGGCCAGCUCUCGUGCGACCUGUGUCCCCGGAGCGACGCCUUCGGCCCCGUGGGAGCCACCAACAUCACGGGCUGCACGGGUCAGUGUCCCCCCGGCCAGCACUCUGCCGACGGCUUCCAGCCCUGCCAGCCGUGUCCCCGCGGCUCCUACCAGCCCGAGGCGGGGCGGGCGCUGUGCUUCCCCUGCGGCGGGGGGCUCAGCACCAAGCACGAGGGAGCCCUCUCCUUCCAGGACUGCGACACCAAAGUGCAGUGCUCCCCCGGGCACUACUACAACACCAGCGUCCACCGCUGCAUCCGCUGCGCCCUGGGCACCUACCAGCCCGACUUCCGCCAGAACUACUGCGUCGCCUGCCCCGGCAACACCACCACCGACUUCGACGGCUCCACGUCUGUCGCCCAGUGCAAAAACCGCCAGUGUGGAGGGGAGCUGGGUGAAUACACGGGCUACAUCGAGUCGCCCAACUACCCGGGGAAUUAUCCCGCCAACGUCGAAUGCACCUGGAACAUCAACCCGCCACCCAAGCGCAAGAUCCUCAUCGUGGUCCCGGAGAUCUUCCUGCCGUCCGAGGACGAGUGCGGGGACGUCUUGGUCAUGAGGAAAAACUCCUCCCCCUCCUCCAUCACCACCUACGAGACGUGCCAGACAUACGAGAGGCCCAUCGCCUUCACGGCCCGCUCGCGGAAACUGUGGAUCAACUUCAAAACCAGCGAGGCCAACAGUGCCCGGGGCUUCCAGAUCCCCUACGUCACCUACGAUGAGGACUACGAACAGCUGGUGGAGGACAUCGUCCGGGACGGCAGGCUAUACGCCUCCGAGAACCACCAGGAAAUACUCAAGGACAAGAAGCUCAUCAAAGCUUUCUUCGACGUGCUGGCCCACCCCCAAAACUACUUCAAGUACACGGAGAAACACAAGGAGAUGCUGCCGCGCUCUUUCAUCAAACUCCUCCGCUCUAAAGUCUCCAGCUUCCUCAGGCCUUACAAAUAGCCCUCUGCACCCCACCGCCUCUUGGGCCACCUUACAGCCAAGGAAACUUUCUUCUUUCCUUCUUAUUUCAUUUUUUCUCCUUCCUCCUACUCGGCUUUGGAAACCAACAGGAUCGCCAGGUCUCGCUACGCAGAUGCCUCGACACUGUUUCUCCUCCGCACUCUCCGGACCUGCCUCGGCAAGGCUGUGUCCCCCCCAGGGCUGGAGACACGCUGGCCUCCCCCGGCCUGAGCUUCCAGCGCAGGGACGACCGUCACUCCGGGGAAACCCGUCCUCUUUCGAAGCAGCUUCUUCAUUUUAGAAGACUGAAGUGCAGCCGCUUGCCCUGAGUGCCAGCCUGGCCUUUCGGUGGCCUUUGUAUUAUCUUUCACUUCCUUCACGCGUCCGCACCACAUCUGUCUCUGCUCCUAGAUGCCGUCCACAGCCGCACCCAUGGGACGCAGCGAGGGCUCGUUUUUCUUCCUGCAAACGGGGCUGGCGGCGGCGGCGGCCAGACCGAGCUGUUUCUCGGAGGCGUGCGAGGGAAGGCUUGACAGCAGAAGGUAACACCAUAUUUAUCAUAGCACGUGGGCCUCAAACAUCAACACAGCUUUGCAGAGAUCGGGCGAGUAAAAUACAUACUUCAUGAAAAAAGGAAAAAAACGACAAAGAAUAUUGAAAAAAAGAGAUAGAGGACAGAACGCACGACAGCAACUAGCAACCGAGCGGCGGUUGCAGUGGUGGCUGCGGCGGCCGGGCGGCCGUCCCUCCGGAGAGCCUGGUUGGCGCUCUGUGUUUUGAGGAAAGCGUGGCCAAGCUGCGUUCUCGGAGAACAAUGUCUGGCUACGCGGGAGAAAAAAUGGAAUGAACGAGAAAGACUUUCAGCCGGGUUCAUUUUUGUCCCCCCACAAACACUUGUGCCAAGAAACCAGACUUUGUUACAAGCUCUGCCAAAGAGUAACUCGUUGACAGGAAAGCAAGCUUUGUGAAGAGCAGGAGUAAAUGUUUGUGCACUAGGAUAUUCUCCUUUCUACCUUUUUCAUAUGUAUUAAGUGCAAUCAUUUGAGUCUUCUUUAUAUUAUUUAGAGGGAAGUUUUUUCUACUAGGAACUACAAUAUUUAUACCUGCCUGAGAAAUGAGAAUGUGUGUUUGUAACAAAAAAAAAACAACAAACCAAACCCAGUCCUGGAUUGACGGUGACCAGCAUGAUGGUGUUUUCAGACCUUGGAAUCUUUUCUUCCGGUAUUUGUUCCUGGCGAAGCAUCCCUUAGGUCGAAGAGGCAGAGGAGCUGGCGUCUCCCCACCUCCGAGAAGGAAGGGUUGGCUGCUCCCUGCAAUGGCUUGAGUUCUUGCCGUGGUUUGACGGCAUCUUGGUCCAUCCAUGGAGGAGCCCGCGUGCUCCGGCUGUGUGAGGUCCCACCGGGCUGAUCCUUCUCUGUUGUCGCAGGCUGGUGGGGAAAGGCCAAGCCACAAAGCUGAGCGGUCUCGGUCGCGGUGCCGCUGGCGCUGCUCUCGGCUGCGUGGUUUUGUGCCGAUCCUCCUCGGCGGCCCUGUGGCCACUGAGCGGGCGCGAGCGGGUGGUUUGAUCCCUGUCGCGCUCCCUGGCCUCCUGUCCCAGCUGCAAGGCACAGCUCGGGUCGGGGAAGACCCCGCUGCCGAACUCAGCCGCGUUGCCUGCCUGCCGCUUCAUGCAAACCGUUUGUUUUUAUUAAUGCGUUCGAAGACAGGCCGUGUCCCGUCCCCGAGAAGCUGAAACCCAAGCGAGACUGUGCACCGAGUGCGGUGCCGCGGCAGAAAUCCCAGCGCGUGGAUUGGGAACGAGGACCAGCAAAGGCAGGCGCGGAAAGGAGGCGGGAGCUGCUCCCAGCUGAGCCUUGCAGACGGAUUUGUCCCCCAGCAUUGUCCCGUGGCCGACAGCCACAGCCAGACAGGGCACCUGGGGACAGGGCCCAAACCCGCUGCUGCUGCCCGUCGUCCCGCUCCUCCUCCUCCUCCCUGUGCUCCCCAAACUUCGCCUCCCUUUCCAAUCCUCCCAUCAGCUCUUGGCCGUCAUCUUCCCUCGCGGCGCUGCAGCUUCAUCCCCAUCUUGAUCCCCUCAAAGACCUGGAGCUGCCAGGAGUAAAUGUGGUCGACUUGUGUACAGCUUUCCUGUUUGCGGUCCCCCUCCCUUCCUUCUGUCCCCGUCCCUGCUCGUCUCGGGCUGUCCCUAGCCCACAUCUGGGACGAGCACUGCUCCUCGGGAGACGCAGCGCAGACCCUUAAUGAAUGAUUAUUUAUUGCGCUAUCCAUUCCCCCGCUGGCCCAGGCUUUUGGGGCCGCGAGCCCCAGGUCAGUCCUUGCUGAAAUGGGGAGGCAGCUGCUCACCCGCGUUUUCUCUCCAUGAUCUGUCUGUGCUGCUGAACCGCCCCGAGAGCUUCUUCUGGGCUUUAUUAGGAGCUGCGGGUUGGCUUAGCGCUGGCAGAAUGGAGCUGAGGUUUGUCCCCAAGAUGCAUUCGUUGGAAAAGUCUGCACUGAUUCGUAGCAGCUGUGGCUUUACCCCUCCUGCCGCCCGGCUCCAAGCCUGUUUGGAAGUUUGACAUCUGUGGGCUGAGAUGUUUGUCACUUGGUUGGUGUCUGAAAGCAGCUGCUUUGAUGCACAAAAGCUGUUGCAGGGAUUUGGAGUUUUUUUUAUUGCUCCGGGGCAGUUGCAGCAGAGCAGUGACCGUUGAAAGGGUCUUUCAUAUUUAGAAGAAAGCAAGCAGGAAUGACCAACCCUGCUGUACUUUGUGGUCUUUAGGGUAUUCCUUGUUGUCCUUUGGUUGUGUCAUUCCAGGGCUCUCCUAUGAGCUCUGUCCCCCCCCAAAAAAUCAUCCUUCGGCACCCACACAGCAUCCUUUUGACAACUGGAGGAUGCAGGAGUUGUUACAGUCAGACAGAGGGAAUUGCUACUUAAAAACCUCCGGUGAGCAGUUGUCUCCCUUCAGCUACCAAGGUGGCCACGAUCUCUGUUCGCCCAUGGCCAGGAGGCAGUGAAACAUCACUCCAGGGCUGCCAGGGUGACCGUCCUGUGCAGCCUUCUGGUGUAAACAACGGUAUCUUGUAACAUAACCUUCCCCUCCUUUCACCACCAGUCUCAAAAAACAGAAUGAAAAGAUUCCUGGGGCCGUUGGAAAGAACCACCACACGGCCAUUAAAUCCCUUUCUUCACUCCCACCCCUGCCCCGCUAGAUGACUCGGAAAAGGUUUGAAAGGCUGAAAACUGCAUCAGCCACCUCUCUGAUGUAUUGAAUGUUUCAGCGUAGUAAACGUAACUAAGGGUUGGGGUUUUUUUCAUGUUGGAAUAUUUAUAUCUGCCUUUUGCAGUGGGCCACAACUUACCAUCUUCAGCAAAACGGUUCAAGUAAUGAGAAAGAUGUAGUUCAUAAAGUUAUUUGCACUUGAUUAAAAAAAAAUGUAUCUGAACUUUGUAAAAAGAAAUGUUUGCAUUUUGUAUUGUCUUUUUUUAAUUAUUAAAUGGAAUUUCUUGG